AUGCAACCUUCCACGGGCCAUCGGCGUCAUGCUGCUUAUGUGAACGUCAUGACGAGCAUCUUGAACUGUUGGGGUCCUCCGAUCGGUCGGCUUCUGCAAGAACGGUCUCUGCCCUGGCGCCGUCGGCGUCUGCAAGUGCAUCUAAGCGCUACUUGGAUUGAAGACAGUGUUCAUGAUUCAAAUCUUUUGCAUAGUCGAUCAAUGUACAUAGGAUAA